UCUGAAUUUUCGUGUUAUUUGUUGUUAAAGAAUUUAUACGGUGAAGUGCAAAGUCAAAAAGAAGAAAAAAAAAACACAAAAUUUCCGGUGGAAUUUGGAACAAAAAUUGUUUUGCAAAAGAAAGAAAGCUUUUGUGCGAUUUCUAUAUUGAAUCUUAACUUAUAAGAAGUGAAUCAUUUGUAUAAAGUAUAUGAACAUUUUAUUUAAUAAACAAAUUAAGAUUUAAUUAAGAAGAAAAAUGAAGUCACAUUUGAUUUUAUUAUUAAUUGUCGCAAUGUUCUUUGUUGUGACCAAAUCCGAAGAUGAAGAGUAUUAUACAACAGAACAGCCAAUUAAUGAAGAAGAUGUCAUAACAACAACCACUGAAAAUGCUUUAUUACGUAAAGGUCCUGAAGAAUAUGGAAAACGUGAACAACUAGAUCCAAAUUUAACAGGACUUGAAAAUUUUGCAAUAUUAUAUCUACCAAAAAAUUUCAAUUAUUCUAAUAUUAUUGAAGCUUAUCGUGAAGUUAAAGAUGGCAUAAGAUAUGAUCUUUUAGUGAAUGCAACAGAUGAAAAAAAUGUUACAAUAUUAUGUAAUUUAGUAAUACAUGAAAAAUCUUGGUUUGUAACACCAUGGGAUGAACGUUUACGUAUUUUAGAAAAAUCUAAUUGUUCAUCACAAACUGAAAUAAAAAAUUUUAAUGAAAAUUUUUCAGUUGAUCAAGCUCAUAUAGAUUUAACUUAUGAAAAUAAUACAAUAUUUAAUCCGGAAAAUAAAAAAAUAUCGAAAGGAACAUCUUUAGAUGAUAUUGAGGGUAUGAUAAUCGAAAGUAAAAUAGAAAAACAAACGCAGAAUUUAAUUCAAAAUUCAAAUUCUAAAAAUGAAAAUGAUGAGACAACAGUUAUUAGUAUUAUAGAGACUACUGCAAUAUCACAGACUGAAGUUGAAAACAGUGCAGCCGAUUUAUCUGUUCGUAAUGAUAAUAAUGAAGUCAAAAUACAAGGAAAUUUAAAUAAUGCUAAUCAGGAUUCUAGUCAACAUUUGAAUACAGAAUAUACAACUGAAGCACCAGUAAUACCAACAAAUUUACAUCAAACUGGCAAUCGAGAGAAAUUAAAAUCAAAUCUAGUUGGAUUACAAAAUAUGGCUUUAGUAUAUUUACCUAGACAAUUAACUUAUUCAAAAAUUAUUGAAGCAUAUCGAGAAGUCAUCAAUGGCGUACGAUAUGAUAUUUUAAUUCAAGCAAAUCGAAAUGAUAAUACUGAGAUUAUAUGUGAUAUUCAAGUUCAGGAGAAACCAUGGUUAUUAACACCAUGGGGAGAUAAAGUUCGUGUUUUGGAAAAAUCAAAUUGUUCAGAUUUAACAGAAAUAAUGAAUAUUAAUGAUCGAAAUCAUUUAGAUCAAGCAACUUUAGAUGAAAAAUAUCCAAAUAAUACAUUAUUUAAUCCAACUGUACAACACGUUUCUGAUGGAUUAUUAGACCAAAUUGAAUCAAUGAUUUUACAACCAAAAAAUUUAAAAAAACAAACUAAAAUAAAUGAUAAUAAUAAUAUUGAUAAUAAUAAUAAACAUGUUAAUAAUGAUAAUAAUAAUAAUUAUAAUAGUAAUAUACGUAAUAAUAAUUACAACGUAAGACAUAAUAAUAAUGAAAGAAAUAUUAACUACAAUACAAACCAUAAUAAUUACAAUGACAAUAAUUAUAAUAAUCAUGAUAAUGGUAAUAAUCAUCAAAUUAAUAAUGAUUAUAAUGUUAAUACAAGAAAUCAUAAUGAAUUUAGAAGAUUUUUACACAAUCCAAUUACAACAUCCACAGAAUAUUCUCCAAUCGAAUAAAUAAUAUUAAUGAAAAAUAAAAAACACAUGUAUGACAGUAUAGAAAUAAAAUGUUUAAAUAAACAUCGAAAAAAUUGCGGAGUAGAUCAGCAGAGCAGGUUUAGACCUGAUCGGACAAAAAAGAAAUAAAAAUUAAUUUUUUUUUUUUUAUUUUAUUUCCAUACAUUUCCCCAAGUAUUGAAAGUUAUGUAAAUAUUUAAUUAUUGAACAAGUAAAAUAAAAAUUAGUCAGUAAUUUGUAAA